UGAGGUUAAGCGGAAGAGAGAGAGAGAGAGAGAGAGAAAGAUGAGCUUAGCUAGAGCUAGUUUAACCUUAAUCCUUAAGCCUCGUUAUGAGCUUGUCUUGUUGUUGUUGUUGUCGACGAUCGCGUUGACUCAGCAGGCGGCCAUCGAUAGCACCACGGACUUCUAUACCGCCGGCGUUGUGGAGUUUCGCAAUGCGGCGAGCGUAGCUGAUAAUUUGGCCGGCUACUUGGAGAUCAUCGCAUCGCCGAAUGCCAGCGCCACGGAUAUCAUUGUAUUCCCCGAGGCAACGCUCGGCAAUUUCAAUAGCUACGAUUUUGUGCCCAGUCCUCAGCAACAGGUGACGCCGUGUCUCGAUGACCCUGAGGCUCAGUACUACGCUGACUAUCUGGUUGCCAUCUCUUGUGCUGCUCGCAAUGUCAGCAAAUAUGUGGCGAUCAAUGUCCCGGAGCAUGAGCUCUGCACCGAUGUCCCGGAGGAUACGCGUCCGUGUGCGAGCAACGGUUUCAAUAUCUACAACACGAAUGUGGUCUUCGAUCGCAAUGGAACCGUCAUCUCGCGCUAUCGCAAGGUGCAUCUGUAUGGCGAGCCGAGGAACACGACCUUUGUGCCCGAGAGCAUCACCUUUGAGACGGACUUCGGGGUCACGUUUGGCCACAUGAUCUGCUUUGACAUCAUGUUCUUUACGCCCGGGGGGGAGAUCAUUCAGGAGCAGGGCGUGCGCGACUUUAUCUUUCCCACCAUGUGGUUCUCCCAGCUGCCGUUCCUCACAGCUGUGCAAACGCAGCAGGCUUGGGCGUACGCCAACGAUGCGAAUCUGCUGGCUGCGGGCGCCAGUCACCCUGAGAAUGGCUCCACUGGGAGCGGUAUAUAUAACGGUCGUAAAGGCACCAUCAGCAGUGUGAUGGCUCUGGACGAGGGACAACGUCGCAUCUAUGUGGCUCAGGUGCCCAAAUAUCCGGCGAGCAACAGACGCACCUCGAAGCGUUCACGUCGAGCAGUGAAGGAGCAACCGCAGCCAAGGAACACCGAAGGUUUCCAGAUGAAGCAGGAUCUAGUGACGCUCUACGAGACAGUUUCGCUGGAGUCGCUGGCGAAUCAGGCAACUGACACUUCGCUAACUCAGGACGUGUGCCACGGACAGAUCUGCUGUCACUUUGAGGUCGAGUGGCGUUUGCUCGACAAUGUGGCGGAGAAUGUCAGCUAUUACAACUAUCGAUUGGCCGCCUACGAUGGCUGGCGCAAUGAGAAGGGAAUGGAUGCGAACUAUUUGCGCAAUUGCGGCAUCUUUGCCUGCACCGGACCCACCAUCGAGGACUGUGGCAAAUUGGUGCAUGCGUUCCAGCCACGCGUGACAUUCACCCGUCUCCUCAUCGAGGCCACCUAUCCCAAGUCCCGUGAGUUCCUCCUGGCCCCGAACAGUGUGCGCGACAAUCUGCUGCCCCUGGAGCCGCAUCAGUUUGAGUUCUCCCUCGAGGAGCUGGCGAAUCAAAAUCAACUGCAGUCACGCUUUGAGCUCGCCCCAUCGCUGGAGGUGCAGAAUCUCCUCACUUUUGCCAUCUACGGCAACUACUAUGAUGAUGAGUGCACCUUUAACAAAGGCACCGAACAGCAGGAUUUGGAAUGCGGCUUCCAACCCAAAGAUGAUGGCGCCGCCUCGUUGCGUUUCUCCAGCUUUUUUGCUGCUGCCACUGCUGUUGACAAUGCUUCUGAAGCUUCACUAGUGGCAACAACUACAACAAACUAUAUUGAACUUGCUUCUUUUUUUUUUUUGCUGAACUCAUAAAUGAAUCUACUCAAA